AUGAGCAGUUCCAGGUCGCCGUUCGAUGAGAAGGCGAAGGAUUUAGAUGCUCCCGAUGGCAAAGGCAAACUUCCUGUCAAGUGUUUCAGGUCCCCGCCCACAUACCACUUUUAUGAACUGUGCAAAUGGCGACGUUAUCAGAUAGCAGUAACAAUGUGCUUUUCUCUGUUUUUAGCCGCUGCUACGCUACUCAGUCUCUACCUUACUCGCUGGCUGUACAUGGCGCUUCUGUAUUGUUCACUGUGCUUCUGGACAUUGUUUCUUCUUACCUUAUAUAUGUCAAAGGUAAUUGAGAACAAAAAGUCCGCGAUAAGCAAACUACAAAGAAAGGAAUUGUGUCGCAGGAUAUUGACACAGAGACCUGGGCUGGAUUUGGCAAAACUGGAUCCUAUUGUGGCGGAUUUGAACAAGUUUUUGAACAAAGAGAGAUUGUGGAGGACCCCAUAUUUUUUUUACAGCAGCGCUAGUUUCAUAAACCGAUUUCGCCUGUGCGUGUACCUUCCUCUGAAGAGCGGGAAUUUCGAUGAUGAUGUCGAGAUUGCGAUGCUUCUUGACGCUGCAAAAGCAUGGGAAAAGUCAGUUUACGACCCAGAGCACUUGAACGAGAAACGUGAACAAGUGUUUGACGAAAAUGUGGAUUAUGGAAAGCUCCCUAGAGAUAUUUAUCGGUCCAAGCUCUGGUGGUUCUUAAGAAUUAAUGCGAAGUCAGUUGUCGCGAUGAGUUUCGCAAUAACUUUGCUUGCAGCUGUUGGCUUUUUUUCUUCCAAAUGGAAGCAUUGCUGUUCUUUCAUUUUCCUUCUUAUGGAUUCAGUAAGGUCGUUUUACGAUAGAGGUGUUAAUAUGACACUAGAAACAACUAUCAAACUUAUGGAGGCUGUGGAUUAUUAUGAACCAGGGGAUGACAAUUCUAAAUGGGAUGAGAUCGCCAAGCAAAUCAACUACGAUUUGAAGCAAAAAAAAAACAUAUCGAAACAGGACUUGUUUUUUGACGGAGAAAAUUGUCGCCAAAUAUUCUGGUCGAAGUUGUCGCUCAUCAUUGCAGACCGCAAACAAAGACAGCCAGAACUGAUCCCAUUUGCCCACAAAUUGAUGUCAAAAUUUGGCUGGAGUGACGAAGAAAUUGCAGCAGUUUGA